AUGGCCGCCAACGUCGACGUCGACAGCAUGGGCGUCAAGGCCAUGAAGGAGCUCAUCAGGUCCGCGGGCCUCUCGCACGCCGACUGCUGCGAGAAGGCGGACCUGCGCAACCGGAGCCGCGAGGCCCUCGCGCGCCUCGCCGAGGCCAAAGCGCGCCGGCCCGCGCCCGCGCCCGGCGCGCCGGAGACCGCGACGUUCGGCAAAUGGCCCACGAUCGUGAAAUACGCGAACGGCGCGACGCGCGACGCGCACGACCUCGUCGUCGCGAUGCUCCACGGCGUCAACGCGCCGCCCGACGAUUUGGUGCCGCUCUGCGACCCCAUGGGCCAGCUUUUAGGCGGCACGCGCUGCGUCUUCGCGUUCCCGUCGGCGGGGCCCCAGUGGUGGGACCUCGACCCGAACCGCUGGGCCGCGGCGGCCGCGACCGGCGAGGGCGCGCUCGCGUCGUUGAUCCGCGAGCCGCCCGCGGGCUUCGAUGCGUGCCGCUCCGACGGGCUCGCCUUCGUCGCCGCGCUGCGCGAAACGUUCCCCCAGGGCGCGCUCGUCCUCGGCGGCUUCUCGCAGGGCGCGAUGACGGCCACGGACCUCGCGCUGUCGCUGCCGAAAGACGCGCCGCUCGCGGGCAUCCUCCACAUCUCCGGCGCGCCCCUCGUCGUCGAGAAGUGGGCCCGGGACCUCGCGGAGCGGCGGCACCACAUCCUCAUCUCCCACGGCGAGGCGGACCCGACGCUGCCCUUCGUGGUGUCGUCCGUGUCCGUCGGCGUCGAGGAGAACGUGUUGGUCGCGUCGCGGACGCUCAACACGAUCUGGUCCCUCGCGCACGACGGCUCGGGGGCCCAGUGGACCCUGUCGUCGACGCUGAACGCGUCGGACGCCGGCGUCGGCGACGGCGGGAUCUGGUACGGCUUCGAGGACGACGCUCAGAAGUUCUACGACCCGCACUCGGCGCUGCAGCUGCCCAACGGCGACCUGCUCGUCAUCGACGACGGCGACGACCGCCCGGGCUGCGCGACGGCGAACACGUCCGGCUGCUACUCGCGGGCCAUCGCCUACGAGCUCGACGCGGCCGCGCGCGUCGCCAGGGUCCGCUGGCAGUUCGAGUGGCCGUCCGCGCUCGACGUCAACUUCAAGACCGACGACCUCUACAACCUCGUCGGCGGCUCCGCGGCGGCCCUCGCCAACGGCGACUACCUCGUCGCGUUCACGUCCCUCGACGACACGAACAAGUACGACAGUCGGGGCACGGCGUUCGCGUUCGAGGUCAACGUCGACGGGCGGUCGACGGUGACGACCGUCGCGAUCCCGACGCCCAAGGCGGACCAGGACCGCCAGGCCGCCUACCGCCUCGUGCCCUGGGACAGCGUCGGGGGCGAGACGGACGUGUGUCCGUUUUUGGAGGCGGGAAGUGGGUAA